AUGAAAGUACUGAAAUAUAUUCCUUUACUGCUUUGGUAUCUGAUUUGGGACUACCUGGAUUUGGUUCCUUUGGUACUGGGCCAUUCUGAACAAAGUCAUCCAGGAACGAAAGUAGGCAUUGCUGGAACUGGAGGAAAAGAGAGAAACCCAUUACCAAAGGUCAAUGCAACCAGGACUGGAAUCUUGGGUCAUGGAGUUGGUCUUCAAAAGGGUAGGUCCAAGGUUCCCCUUGUUCAAAGUAGAAUUUUUCUGUCUAAGAAUGAGGACAUCAAAAAACAAGCUGCCAGCAGAGCUAAUCCACAUGUCAAGACCGGAAACGCUGAAAAUAGGCAAUCUGGGGAAAAGAUUGAGACCCCAAGGCCUCCACAUGUAACCAGUAAGGCCUCUACCAAACUCAUAAAUAUCCAUGCAGAUUCUGCAGGAUUCAAACCCAAGAGGCCACCAAACCCGCUGACUGAAAAAGAGCAAAAAGACGCUUUCAAGCACCCCUUAAUUACUCCUCAUGAAUACAUGUUAUCACUGUACCGGACUCUGUCAGAUGUUGAAAGAAAAGGCAUCAAUGGAAGCUUGAAACUCGAGGCAGGAUUAGCCAAUACUAUCACUAGCUUCAUUGACAAGGGUCAAGAUGAACGGAUGGCAGCAGCAAGGCGGCAAAAGUACACUUUUGACAUCAGUGCUUUGGAAAAAGAUGGCUUAUUAGGAGCAGAACUGCGUAUUCUACGGAAAAGGCCGAUCGACGCUAAACUUAACUCAGCUGGCAAACUGUGGCAGAUUAAACUAUACAGUUGCCCAGCGAACAAAAAAUCCGCUACCCUUCUGGAUUCUCGGCCUCUCAGCAGUAUCGAUACACCGAAAUGGGAGGUCUUUGACAUAUGGAAGCUUUAUAAAAAUUUUAAAAACUCUGUUCAGUUGUGCUUUGAGCUUGAAGUUCUGGAUAAGGGGAAACCUGCAGAUUUAAGAAGUGUGGGAUUUAACAGAACAGGAAGACAGACCAAUGAGAAAGCUAUUUUUCUCGUCUUUGGUAGGACAAAGAAACGGGACUUAUUCUUCAAUGAGAUUAAAGCCAGGUCUGGCCAAGAUGACAAAACUGUCUAUGAAUAUUUAUUUAAUCAGAGGAGAAAGAGACGAGCUCCUCUGUCAACUCGGCAAGGGAAGAGGCCAAACAAGAAUUCCAAAGCAAGAUGUAGCAAGAAACCACUUCAUGUCAAUUUUAAGGAUAUGGGUUGGGAUGAUUGGAUUAUUGCACCUUUGGAGUAUGAGGCAUAUCAUUGUGAAGGGCUUUGUGAGUUCCCUCUGAGAUCUCAUUUAGAGCCUACCAACCAUGCAGUGAUCCAAACAUUAAUGAAUUCAAUGGACCCAGAGACUACGCCACCUACCUGUUGCGUUCCAACCAGACUAAGCCCAAUAAGCAUCCUUUACACAGACUCUGCCAACAAUGUGGUGUAUAAACAAUAUGAAGAUAUGGUUGUGGAGUCCUGUGGUUGUAGGUAG